AUGAAGGGCAUUGCAGUUCAUGGUGAUGACAUUCUGGACGUUGCAGAAUAUGCCCGACCAUCUGAAGGUGGGGAUGUGAUCAGUACAAUACUGAGAAGAGAAGUCACAUAUGCUCAACAGCAGGGAACUUGCGCAGAGUAUCACCAGGUUGACAAUGCCAACUGCACAUCAGAUUUAGACUGUGUGGAGGGAGAGAUCAACUUUAAUGGCCAUGGUAGAAGGACAGGCCGAUGUGUGUGGUACUAUAAUUACACAUUCAAAACCUGUGAAAUUCAGAGUUGGUGCCCAGUUGAAGGGUAUGCUGCAGUACGAGAACCGGCUUUAGUGGAGGCCAUUAAUUUUACUGUGUUCAUCAGGAAUUCUAUCCACUUCCCUAAAUUCAAAGUGCUAAGGGGAAACAUAAAGUAUCCUGAAAAUAAGCGCAAACAGAGUAAAUACCUAAAAAAGUGCCAUUAUGAUGAAGAGAAGGAGCCAUAUUGUCCAAACUUCAGACUUGGAUACAUUGCUAAUAAAGCAAGGGAGAAUUUUAAAGAGCUUUGUCAGACAGGUGGCGUGAUAGGAGUGUUCAUCAACUGGAAAUGUAACCUAGACGUGAAUGCAUCAAACUGUAAACCUACAUACUCUUUUCGACGGCUUGAUACGAGGAAAGAUUUGCCAAAUUCAGGAUAUUACUACAGGUUUGGGAAAUAUUACAGCAAGGAUGGCGUAGAGUCUAGGACACUAAUCAAAGCUUUUGGGAUUCGCCUGGAUGUGAUAGUUCAUGGACAUGCUGGUAAAUUCAGUCUUGUUCCAACAAUCAUAAGCAUUGUGACUGCUAUGACAUCCGUUGGGAUUUGCACAAUCAUCUGUGACUGGAUUAUGCUAACAUUUAUUGACAAGAAUGAAAUCUACAGUGAAAGAAAAUUUGAUGAAGUUGCCAAAGAACCUAUGCAACAUUUUUCCAUGGGGUUUGGAUAUAUUGUAGACAGUGGCUCUACACACUCAGACCUGUCAGAUGGUGUCCCACUGUAG